GUAGGCAAGGGAGAACCGGUAAAUAACCAUGAGUCAACCCUGAAGCCGGUCAGGUAGGAAUUUCUGUCUGUGAUAGUCUCAGUUCACUAACGACGCUGUCAUGUCGGAUGUCGGUGAGAGCAGCUGGCGCCAAGCUGAAGAACAUGACGGCACAGAAAGCGAAGAAGUCCACGCUUCUGUGUGGGGGGCACGUGACCCUGCGCUGACAGUCCCUCAGGGGCUCCGGACCGCACAUCACGAGCCGACCAGGAAAAGGCUGGUGCUACAUGUUGACCUAAACAACACCAUACUGGUGUCGGACGCCGUGACGUGUCAGGGGACUUUGGCUGCCCUGGACUACUUUCUGACCACUGUCACUUGGGGGAAGAAGAACAAACACGGAACCUGGGAGUGGUUGAGUGACUCACCCUCUCUGCUCCCACCCUGCAGCGAGGCUGUAAGCUACUACUCCCAGUUUGGACGCAUUCCUGGUUUCACCUCUGGUGCUGGCCGUCGCUUCCGUAAGGUUCUGGAUGAGCACCUGGACCUGCUCUGCUGGCCUGAUGGGGUAAAGGCAGACAGAGACCUGUCUGUAAAAGGAGAAGACGGACGCCUGUACCACUGGAUCCUCCCGUCCUUCUUCCAGCUGCUCAGAGAUCUAUCACAGGAAGGUCGUGAGUUUGCCAUCCUCUUCCGUACGUUUGGAACCGACCUACCUCGCGUGCUAAAAGCCGUAUCCCGAGCACUCGACGGGGCACACCCACUGUUCCCUGAUCUGCCUCAGCUAAAGCUGAGCGUGGCUGUGACUCCGGGCAAGAUCCGCUGCAGCAAGAAGGGAAUCGUCCUGAAUCGAGCCGAGGAGCGGGUGUCCUCUCGCGAUGGAGAGAGAGGUCUGUACGAGUACUUCAGCUCCGUGCAGGGUCUGGGAGGAUUUCAGGACCACUUUGACUGGUGGGCUGCUAAUUCCUUCUCCAUCCGUGGGGGGAAACCAAUGUGGGUCGACCCCUUUGACAAGCACGUACAGCACAUCUUUAUAGAUGACAACAUACGACAGAAUGAUGAGGAUACUAUAGUUAACCCGAAGGUGUUUUUGGACCCGGGUGGCUCAGACACUCGUAUAGCCUGCACCGCCGAGCUGUAUGAUAUCGCCUUGAUCCAAACCGACCUCCUCCAGGCCAUUUCUGACCCCAGCUACUUCACUCAGCGUGUCCACAUCUGUCUGGAAAACUAUGAGAAGAAUGUCCAGCAGGGGGCAACCUAGAACACACUUCAAACUUUGCAUACUUCCUGUACAGUACAUCAGUUUGUCUGUGAGGCAACCUGCAGUGCAGACAGGAUUAACAGGCAGGCGGGACUAUUACACACCAAAGCAGAAGACUUGCUCAAAGUCUAAAGUUCAUCCAAACACAAAUAUUAAGCGGUUACAUGAAGAAACAAGUUAUAUGGACAGGUGGACAUAGAAAAAAGCGGCAGCUAUGUAAACAGGACUGCAAUUCAUUAAACGGUUUAAAUACCACAUAUCCUUGAUAAAAAAGGAUAACUGUGUAAACAAGGAGCACUUCAGUCAGAUUGCACUGUCUGCUGUCCUAAAGUGAACUGGGACCCAUGUUUUUGACCCAGUUGAGCACUGAAUUGGCCGGGCUGGACUCUUUAAUUACACCGACAGCUCUGUGAUUAAUCACUCCACGGUAUAAUUGGCCAAACUCUCAGAAUUUGGAGGCAGACAGAAUAAUUGGUGUCAGAUAUGGAGAAAAGCUCUUCAGCUCUUCUGUUAGUUAUGGGUUUUGGUUCAGCUCCUUUUUCUUUCUCUGGGCGCUGUUUACAUCCACUCAGAACCCAGCGGUAAUACUUGAAUAUUUUCAGGUGACUGAAGCAUCUGAUUACUGAGUAUGUGUUACUUCUGAAUGCACUGCAGUCAUAAAGUAACUCUUUGUGACAGUUGGCUCAAACUUUGAGCUGUAACCUGGUUUAAUAUUGCUGUCAAAAGUCACCAUAAUAGAUGUAGAAGAGUACAUAUCGUGCUCCUGAUCGGAUCCGGUGUCUAUGGAGCGCUCAAUGAAGCAGUUAGAUGGUAGAGAGUAACAUCUGAGCUGCAGAGACGUUUGCAUUUAAUUUGUUUGCACUGAGUUAUUUUUAUUUUAUUUAAAGGCAUGCUUGAGAGAAUUGUCUAAUACGUUGAAUUUGGGAGGAAGUUAUGGUAAUUUUUGCUUUGAGGGUUUUUAGAAUAUGUUUAUUGCUAAGCUUCCAGGGAGGCUUUAAUGACUUUGUUUUUCUCAGGUCAGUUUUUAACAGACAGCCAAAUGAGCAGUAAUAUAAAGGACCCAGAUGUAGAUAGA